CACCUCGACCGCCAGAACCUCAGCCACUGAAUGGUCGUGGCUUUUGGAAGGACUGUCAUGGCCUCUUGAGAUUGCACGCCUCUGAUUUUCUGGAACGGGCUUCCAUGAACUUCAGCUGUCAUCAUGGAGAGCCUUGAUGGGAUUUCCAUCCCCCGCGAUGCGGCCGAAGAGCGCAGUGUUGGUCGUCUUGAUGGCGGCCGUUCUUCCAGAGCAUCUCGGGAUGGUAGCAGCUCUCCAGACUCUCCGACUGACUUCAAUUUUCCUUAUGCAGACACCUCCUUUACCUCUGGCUCGAGCAGCAAGCUGGCUGGCGACCAGCCCGAGUCAGCGUUGCGGAGCCUUCUCGACUUGGAAGACGAUCGAAAGUCCCCCCGCGCGGCCUCACCGUUCCCCUCGCUGCCCUUCAGCGCCCCAUCAGCUCCCACAGCCCCUAUGAGCGAGGAGGGCGAGGAAGCUGAAGAUGAAGAGCCGCAGGUUGCAACCUCCUUCGAGCGGGACUCGACGCCCACGUCGGCACAAAAGCAGCGAUCUGCGUUUUUCGACACGGGCGGCGAAGAGGGGAUCAACCGCAUGCACAAAUUCUCGCUCUACGAGACAGCCACCCGCUUCUACAUGGUCGGCAUGGACUUGUCGGACACCCGCUUCCGGAUCAUGAAGAUCGAUCGGACCUCUGAGUCGGGCGAGCUGAUCAUCUCCGAGGAUGACAUCGUGUACAGCAAGCGGGAGAUGAGCCAGCUGUUGGAUACCAUCGACGACGGCAAUAAGAGCUCGGGCGGACUAAAGCUUAAAUGCAGCGCCUGGGCUAUGCUGGGAUUCAUUCGCUUUACGGAUGCUUAUUACAUGCUCCUAGUGACGAAGAGAAGUCAGGUUGCCAUGCUCGGCGGUCACUACGUCUAUCAGAUUGAUGGAACUGAAUUGAUCUCGUUGACGACAUCCAGCUCAUCUCGCCUGCGACCGGAGAAGAAUCCUGAGGAGGCAAGGUACAUUGCGAUCCUGAAUAACCUUGACUUGACCCGGUCGUUCUACUUCAGUUACUCUUACGACAUUACCCAUACUUUGCAGCGCAAUAUCUGCCGGGAGCGCAAAGCUCAUCAUGAGGGACAGCCCAAGUCAUUCCAGCAGGAUUACAAUCCCAUGUUCAUCUGGAAUCACCAUCUUCUCACCCCGGCUCUUACCAAGUUACGCAACCCUUGGGAGUGGUGUCUUCCGAUCAUCCAUGGCUAUGUCGAACAGGCCAAACUUUCAAUCUACGGGCGGAUUGUGUACAUAACCAUUAUUGCCCGUCGUUCUCGGUUCUUUGCUGGCGCUCGUUUUCUGAAAAGAGGAGCGAAUGACCUGGGAUAUGUGGCCAAUGACGUCGAAACUGAGCAAAUUGUCUCUGACAUGGCGGCUACGUCGUUCCAUGCGCCUGGUCCGCUGCUCUACGCUAAUCCGCUCUAUACGUCAUACGUCCAGCAUCGUGGCAGUAUCCCGCUCUAUUGGACUCAGGAGAACUCCGGUGUUUCCCCCAAGCCAGACAUUGAGCUGAAUCUGGUUGACCCGUUCUACUCUGCUGCGGCUUUGCAUUUCGACAAUCUGUUUGAAAGAUACGGUGCUCCAGUCUACGCAUUGAACUUGAUCAAAGCUCGAGAACGGACCCCACGCGAGUCGAAACUUCUCAAGGAAUACACCAAUGCCAUUCAGUAUCUCAAUCAGUUCCUUCCUGAGGAUAAGAAGAUCAUUUAUCAACCUUGGGACAUGAGUCGCGCUGCGAAAAGUCGCGAUCAAGAUGUUAUCGGGACACUCGAGGAUAUUGCCGGGGACAUUAUCCCAAAGACUGGAUUCUUCCAGAACGGUGUUGAUGCCGAGUCUGGGCUUCAGCUGCAGAACGGAGUAGCGAGGACCAACUGUAUCGACUGUCUUGAUCGUACGAAUGCUGCUCAGUUUGUGAUCGGAAAACGCGCGCUGGGCCAUCAGCUCCACGCUUUGGGAAUCAUCGACGGAACAACAGUGGAGUACGAUUCGGACGCUGUCAAUCUGUUCACUGAUAUGUGGCACGAUCACGGUGACACCAUCGCGAUUCAAUACGGAGGCUCUCAUCUGGUCAACACCAUGGCAACCUACCGCAAGAUUAAUCAGUGGAGCAGUCACUCGCGAGACAUGGUCGAGAGUUUCAAGCGUUACUACAACAAUUCCUUCCUUGAUGCUCAACGCCAGGAAGCAUACAAUCUCUUUCUUGGCAACUAUAUCUUCUCCCAGGGACAGCCAAUGUUGUGGGACCUGUCCACCGACUAUUACUUGCAUCAUGCCAAUCCAAGGUCAUGGGCAAACAAAAAGCGUCCUCACUAUAUCAACUGGUACAAUCCGGACAACUUGAAGAAGUUUGAAUUGCCGCCCCCUCCUAAGCCGCUCAAGGAACCGUUGUCGCACUAUGACGACUAUUGGCUCGAGUACUAUCGCCCGCUAGCAGUGUCAUCAUUCUCCAAGGUGUUUUCCUACAAGAUGAACUCCACCCUCCGGUACCUACCUUUCCGCCCUGGAUCCGGUGCUCCCUACGACAUAAGCCCGUUCGUGACCAGAAUUCCACAUGAACCGGUGAACCGUGAACGUCAGACCCACCGAACAGUCAAAAUCCAGGAACCUGACAAGACAGCAAUCGGCCGUUCCAACUCCACAACCUCGCAAUCCAACCGGCGUUGGUUGAACCAACCCCUUUCCGCGGACAAACAGCUUCCGGCCGCAGGAAUCAUGAAACAACCCACAUACACGUCUUUCGGAACGCCUUCACAAACUACCGCUUCCCUCCAGUCCUCCCUGGAGCCCGGCGCCGCGCCCAGUAAAGCGCAAAUCGCUCAAUGGACCCUGGGCCAGCUCGUGCACGACUCCCUAAACCCCACCGUCACCGCCGCGGAAGCCGAAGAGUACGAACGUUACAUCAACCAUCCCCUGAAAGUGCCCCUUGUAGUCACCUCGGAGAACGAACUGACCGCGACCUCGAUCCGCGAAAACGAAGCCAACCUCGACUACAUCGAGUAUGCCAACAAAUGCAAUGUCGAGGAAGCCACCCUCGAGGCCAACGCGCUCGAGAACCUGGCGGAUUAUGUCGAAUACCUCAACGUUCCCGAGACCGGGCUGACCGUCGUCGCGGAGGACUACGACAAAAAGCGAUACAAGCGCUACCGGCAGUGGUUGCGGGGCAAGAGUCUUUUCAAGCAGCGUGUUGAUUCUUAGAAUUGAUGCUCAUCGUGCCUAGGAGGGAUGGAAGCAUGUUUCAUGGAAAAGUAUGUUUAGAGAACUUUUUGUCUUCUGAUUCAUUGAUCUUCGUCUCGCUUUGUUCAAACCUUCCACGAAUUGUGUUGUUUCACCAAAUGCCCUUGCCAUGACAUGAUACCCUUUGCCGCGUGCGUGCGCACUUCCUGAUGUUUUCUGCUACCAUCAGAUCUUGUG